GCGCCGCCGCCGCCCCGCUAACCCUACCAUCAUCUCCGACUCGACGACGACGACGACGACGACGAGCUCCGCCGCGGCGAUGCUCCACGCUCCUCCUCCGCCGUCGCUGGAUUUGGCGGAGCUUAGAGCGCUCUCCGUCCUCGGCCGCGGGGCCAAGGGCGUCGUCUUCCUCGUCCAACCCACCGCCGGUGGGGAGCCGCUCGCCCUCAAGGCCAUCUCCCGCUCCUCCGUCGAGCACGCCAAGAGCCACGGCGGCGGCGGCGGCGAUGGAGGAGGAGACGCCUAUCGCCGGAUCUGGUUCGAGCGCGACGUGCUCCAGGCGCUCCGCCACCCGCUCCUGCCGUCCCUCCGCGGCGUCGUCUCCACGGAGCGGAUCGUCGGGUUCGCCAUCGAUCGGUGCUCCGGAGGCGACCUGAACUCGCUCCGGCGGCGCCAGACCGAGAAGAUGUUCUCCGACGACGUCAUACGGUUCUACGCCGCGGAGCUCGUCCUCGCGCUGGAGCACCUCCACGGACUGGGGAUCGUGUACCGCGAUCUCAAGCCCGAGAACGUCCUCAUCCAGGACAACGGCCACCUCAUGCUCGUCGACUUCGACCUCUCCACGAAGCUCCCUUCUCCCCCGCCGCCCCCCGAUCGAUCCAAACCCCCUCCUCCUCCUCCUCCGCUCCCCUCCUCCGCGAGCACGGAGGAGAAGGAUAAGAAGAAUAAGAAGAAGAAGAAGCGCCCCCUCCUCAGUUGCUUCUCCUGCGACGCGGGAGUGUCCCCGGAGGAUCCGUCCCCGUCCCCUUCCUCGUCCCCGUCUCCGGCCGUGGCCGGCGAAGCAUCCGGCGGGGGGGCGUCGCCGGCGAGGUCGCCGGGGAAGUCGAACUCGUUCGUGGGGACGGAGGAUUACGUGGCGCCGGAGAUCAUCAGAGGGAAGGGCCACGAUUUCGCGGUGGACUGGUGGGGCCUGGGGGUGGUGCUCUACGAGAUGCUCUACGGGCGCACCCCCUUCCGGGGGCAAAAUCGGAAAGAGACCUUCUACCGCAUCCUCUCCAAGGACCCGGAGCUCGUCGGCGAGCAAACGCCGUUACGCCACCUCAUCGCCCGCCUCCUCGACAAGGACCCCCGGAACCGCAUCGCGCCCCACGCCAUCAAGCAGCACGAAUUCUUCAGAGGGGUAGAUUGGGAAUCCCUGCUAACGGUCGCUCGCCCGCCGUUCAUCCCCACCGUAACCGUAACAGUAACGGAGCGGGACGGGGAGUGCGACGCGGCGCUCGACGUCGAGAGAGUCGUCGACGAGGUCUUCCAAAGCCGCGAAGCGGCCAAGGGUGGUAAAACGGACGAGGACGACAAUAACGGCGACGGCAUAACGCUCCUAACGGAGCCCCCGCCCCCGCCCCCGCCUCAAAUUGAUGAUGAUUUUAAGGUGUUUUAAUUUGCAGAGGUAUACACUAGUUAGUUACUUAGUUUAAGUUUUUUUCUAAAAAAACAAAAAAAAAAAUAUUUUUGUGUCUCUAAAAUUAUUUAGCUUCUUAUGGGUGUGUUAUUGGCAAAGUUGAUCUUGGUCUUGCUAUCUGAUUUGUUGGAACCAAUGGUUAUACAUAUAAAAAAGUAAAGAAAAUACUGUGUAGUUUAUAUUUUCACUACCUUAUGGUCUUUAAUUUGAAAUUCUGUAAAUAUUUUUGAAUGCAA